AAAGGAAGAGUACUUCACGCGGGGCUUUGCGGCGUUUUAGAUCAAAAAUGCGGGGAAUCCACUGAGUGACGUACAAUUUAAUUGCCAUUUGUAUUCACAUCGUGCAGGCAUUAAGAUAUCAACGAUUGGAUACUUUUUAAUUUAAAGCUUGUAUUUACCAGGUUUUCCAUUUUAAAUCCUCUUUCAUUGUUAAAACCAUGUCUCUAUUGUCAAAAAAACUUCUCUCCUCAAGACCGCUAAAGUAUGGCUUGGGAACAGGUCUCUUAGCAACCAGCCUCUAUAACUACGAUUCCCGUUCAGAAGCGCAGCUAAUUAGUCGAAAUGCCAGAACAUUUUACAAUGGUGUUGCAUUGGCAAUAGAUUACAAACUUAAUUUUAAACCUGGAUAUUCACCAGAAGAUACGUUGCAUAUUGAACAGCUGCACGAAAGAGUAGCUAACCGUAUAUUUGAUGUAUUUGAAAAAAAUGGUGGUCUGUACAUAAAAAUGGGUCAAGUUAUUGGCACCCAAUCUGCCGUCUUACCAAUCGCCUAUCAAAUUAGAGCCAGAAAAUUGUUUGAUGCUGCUCCUGCUGUCUCGUUUGAAUCCGUGGAACGUGUAUUUAUGGAAGAUUUUAAUGGAAAACAUCCAAGCGAAAUUUUUGCAGAAUUUGAUAUGACGCCAAUUGCUUCUGCCUCCAUUGCCCAAGUGCAUAAAGCAAGAUUACGUAACGGCGAUAUUGUUGCUGUCAAAAUACAAAAACCUGCAAUUAAAAAACAAAUGAACUGGGAUUUGCGGGCCUUUAGGAUAUUACUUCAAGUAUAUGAGAAAGUUUUUGAUUUACCUUUAUCAUGGUCGAGUGAUUAUAUUGAAGAGCACAUGCGAAUGGAGGCAGACUUUGAAAAUGAGGCUAGAAAUGCUAAAAAAGCAUGGAAGCAUCUUCAAGAGGAAAAAUCUUUAAAAGAUAGAGUAUAUGUACCAAAAGUAUAUGAUGAGUACACGUCCAAACGAGUAUUGGUUUGUGAAUGGGUGGAAGGUAUCCAGCUAACGGAUGUAGACGCUUUAGACAGGGUAGGUAUCGAUUACAAAGUAGCAAUGAAAACCGCCAUUGAAGCCUUUGCAAGUCAAAUUUUUCGUAGCGGAUUUGUUCAUGGUGACCCUCACCCCGGUAAUGUGUUAGUUAGAAAACAUCCGCAUAAAAAGAACCAAGUCGAAGUCGUCUUGAUUGACCAUGGACUUUAUAUUCAAGAGUCAGAGAAAUUCAGAUUGGAAUAUUGCAAAUUGUGGGAAGCAUUAUUCAUGUUGGACAUACCAAAGAUGACAGAAAUUUGUGAGGAAUGGGGAAUACAUGAUGCCACCAUGUUUGCAUCAAUAACAUUACAACGGCCUUUUUCAGGAAAAAAGGCGGUCCAUAUAAGUGAUAUAGAUGUCAAGGAUAUGUAUGAAUUACAAAGUCAAAUGAAAGAACGUAUAAAGCAUUUCUUACGGGAUCAAGCACUGUUCCCUCGAGAACUGAUUUUUAUCUCGAGAAACAUGAAUAUUGUUAGAGCGAACAACAAGGCUGUUGGAAGUCCAGUAAAUCGAAUCAAUAUCAUGGCAAGGUGGGCUGUACUUGGAUUAAACGUCAAAAAAGGAACAUGGCUUAGUUGGAGAUCUAUCUUAUUUGAGUGCACUCUGCUGUUUAUGAGCAUUAGUUUUUGGAUUGUCCGUUUCAGGGAUGCUUCCAACAGAUUAUUAUUUGGAUCCAAGGCACGUGGAUUAGAGGAUAUAUUAGAUGAAAGAAUGAAAGAACAGAUGUAUAAAAAAUUUGGUAUAAAAAUUGAUCCAUCGGUUUUUGAAGGUUAAUAAGGGAAAUUAAAUAAAAACUUUGGCCCGUAAUACAAUAGAACACUGUGCUUCUCUUUUUAUUGAAUUCGUCAAACGCUAGCAAUUUUUCGAUCCAAAAGUAAAAAAUUUAUGCCUUUCUGCGUGACUUUGAAGACAUCGGCUAUCCAAAGUUUUUUUUUGUGACUUUGAAUUGAAUUGAAUUUUUUUUUCCCUUUAAAUAUCUUGCUGGGUUCAGGCCUUUUGUGUUCUCUCCUACAACAAAAGCUAAUUAAAAUGGGUAAAGAGAAGACUCACGUUAACGUCGUCGUUAUUGGUCACGUCGAUUCUGGUAAGUCUACCACCACUGGUCACUUGAUCUACAAGUGUGGUGGUAUUGACAAGCGUACUAUCGAAAAGUUCGAGAAGGAA